UUAAGCUAUGUAGAACAUGGUAAGAAUCCAGAUAUAUUUACUCAAGGUUUUGUGGAAAGAGCAGCGACAGAGAAUCAAUAUACAAACGGUAAAAUCAAAGCAGUUGCUGAAUUUCGAAAGCUUUUAUCAGAAGAAUUUACAAAGUCUUUUCCUGACCUUUAUGAU